CCGGUGCGGUUCCGGGGCGGACCCGGAGCUGUCGGUGUCAUGGCGCUGAACCUCGGCAAGAACGGGCGGGCGCUGCAGGAGGCCUACGGGAGGGUGGUGGCGGCGGGGAGCCCUACGGACUGGGCUCUGUUCACCUAUGAAGGCAACAGCAACGACCUGCGUGUGGCCGGCUCCGGGGAUGGUGGCCUGGAGGAGAUGGUGGAGGAGCUCAACAGUGGGAAGGUGAUGUACGCCUUCUGCAGGGUGAAGGAUCCCAACUCCGGCCUGCCCAAAUACGUCCUCAUCAACUGGACCGGUGAAGGUGUGAAUGACGUGAGGAAAGGAGCCUGCGCCAACCACCUCAGCACCAUAGCCAACUUCCUAAAGGGUGCUCAUGUCACCAUCAAUGCUCGCGCCGAGGAGGACGUGGAGCCUGAGCUCAUCAUGGAGAAGGUGGCCAAGGCCUCGGGGGCCAACUACAGCUUCCAUAAGGAGAACAGCAAGUUCCAGGACUCGGGUCCGCAGGCUCCGGUGGGCUCCGUGUACCAGAAGACGAACGCGAUGUCCGAAAUCAAGAGGGUCAAUAAGGAUCAUUUCUGGGCCAAGGCUGAGAAGGAUGAGGAGAACCGGAGGCUGGAGGAGAAGAGGAGAGCGGAGGAGGAGCGGGAGCGGCUGGAGCGGGAGCGGAGGGAGCGGGAGCUGCAGGAGGCAGCAGGGAGGGAGCAGAGAUACAAACUGAGAUCCAAUGAGAUCGAGGCCCAGAAGAGACUCCAGCAGCAGCAAGAAGCAGAGAACAGGGACAAGGAGCAGCAGCAAUGGAAGGAGCGAGCUGAGCACGAGGCCAGGCGGCCGAGGGGCUUCCCGAGGAGCGAGUCGGUGGAGAAGGCACAGGAGGCUGCAUCACUGAUAGCACAGAGAGAGGUGAACCCUCGGGACAUCUUCAAGCAGAGGGAGAGGUCGGUGCCGGUGGAUGCAGCAGCGGCUCCGCAGCCAGGCAAGCUCCGCAGCCCUUUCCUGCAGAAGGAGGUGGACUCAGUGCCGAGCUCUGCCUGCCCCAUGUCCCCUGCCCGGAGCUCUGCUCCGGCUGCCUUCAUCCCCUGUGCUGGCCGUGGGACACCUCCAGCCUCCCCGGGGCCUGCAGCAGGGAGAGACUCUGGGUACAAUUCCAGCGUCCCAGCUUCCCACGAGGAAGAGUCCAACCUGUACGAGGAGCCACCGGAUUCCACAGCCAUCUAUGAGGAACCCCCUCAGGAGCAUGUGGAUGAUGCCAAAUACGAGUACCCAGUGGAGUACCAGCAGCCGGACCUCACGGGGAAGGGGAUCUGUGCCCGGGCGCUCUAUGACUACCAGGCUGCUGAUGACACAGAGAUCUCCUUUGAUCCGGAGAACAUCAUCACCAACAUCGAGAUGAUCGAUGAGGGUUGGUGGCGCGGGUACGGCCCCGACGGCCACUUCGGCAUGUUCCCAGCCAACUACGUGGAGCUGAUCGAGUGAGGGGCCAUGGGGCUCACUCCAGGCCCCUCCUGCUCUUCCCAAUGGCUCCGCCUUUGAUUUCCUCCUCUGGUGACUCUGGUUCUCUCUCCACACUGGUGCCAUCGCCCUGCUCCCAGCGGGGCUGAUCCCAGCACUGCUCCCUUCUCCCAUCCCCUAUUGCCUGCCCUUGGUUGGGAUGAAGGCCCCGGUCCCAUCCCGAGCCCUGCAGUGCUCCUGCCUUAGGGUCAGGCUCUGAAUUCUCUUGCAGGGAUAAGGGGUGUCCAGUCCCUUCCAGGGCAUUUUCAGGGAACAAGUUGCCUCUUUCCCCACUCUCCCCCUGUCCCUAUGGCCACAACAGAGCAGCUUUCCCCAUUCUGGCUCGCUGGCGAGGCCCUUGCAUUGGUUUUAGCAUCAUCCUGGGGUUUAACAUCACCUCCUCUCAGUGCUGCCACCACCCCUGACCCUCGCCAUGAGCAUCCCCAUCUGCUGUCCCCCCAUAGGGGUUUGCUCUUCUCUUCCCUGUCCCCAAACCCUGCUCCAGGCUGUGAAUGAGCUCCCGUGGAGGGGCCCAGCGAGGCCAAAGGGGGGGUUUGGGUCUCCUUUUUGGUCUAUCUCCCAUGAGUGUGGGACCCCCCAAUCACCCCCAAUUCACUGUGAACAAGGAAGAGCCCAGCCCAGCCCCCACCUUCCCCUUGUUGAGUCUCUUCCCUGGUGUUGCUUUAGAAGUAGAAGGAGAGGAUGGGUUUGGGGGUGCCCGUUCCCCCCGUGGCCCUGUGGGCUCUUUCCCCACUGCUUGCUCCUCCCCAUCCCUCCCAGCAACAAUAAAAGGGCUUUUCUUUGGUGAUGGAUGUGA